AUGGAGGCACUGAGGGCCUGGCUUCUGUGCCUGCUGGUGCUGGACCUUGCCCUGCGGGGGGCUGCGAGCCGAGCCCCCCCGCACUCCAUGGAGAUCCGUGCCCCGGACAUCAAUCCCGCCUGGUACACGGGUCGUGGGAUCAGGCCUGUGGGCCGCUUCGGCAGGAGGAGAGCAGCCCUGCGAGACGUCCCCCUGCCCGGUCUGCAACACCAGCUGGCCUGCUUCCCCCUGGAAGGCGGUGCUAAGUCCUCCCGGGAUGUGUGA